GCCAAAGAAGGUUCAGGUUGACUUUGUCUACGGAGAUGGCACCAUAUCGCCUUUGCAAGCUGCUAUUCAAGGGAAUUGCGCAGAAGCUCCAAUUUGUCGUGGUAACGAGAUAGAGCUUGACAAAUGUUUGGCCAAUGCGAAGAAACACAACUGCUUGGAUCUUUGCAAG